UCUCUCUCUCGAUCAUCAAUGGAAAUCUUGAAUCGAUUGAACAGAUAUGAAAAAAUUGAUUUCCUCGGCGAAGGACAGUUUGCCACCGUUUACAAAGCGCGCGAUGCCGAAACAAAUGAAAUCGUAGCGGUGAAAAAGAUCAAAAUAGGCAACCGAGAGGAAGCGGCCGAUGGUAUUAAUCGAACUGCGCUGCGGGAAAUUAAACUGCUGCACGAGCUGCACCAUGAGAACAUUAUCGGGCUGCUGGAUGUGUUCGGGCACAAGAGCAACGUGUCGCUGGUGUUUGACUUUAUGGACACGGAUCUGGAGAUUAUUAUAAAGGACCCGAAAAUCAUACUUACUCCGGCCAACAUUAAAAGCUACAUGAUUCAAACGCUCCGAGGGCUGGAAUAUUUGCACAUGCACUGGAUACUGCAUCGGGAUCUGAAACCGAACAAUCUGCUUAUCAGUGGGACCGGUGUGCUGAAGAUUGGUGAUUUUGGUUUGGCAAAGUUUUAUGGCUCACCAAACCGUAUCAACACGAACCAGGUUGUGACGCGGUGGUACCGCUGUCCGGAGUUGCUGUUCGGUGCCCGGCAGUAUGGGACGGGUGUGGACAUUUGGGCGGUGGGAUGCAUAUUGGCCGAAUUGUUGCUGCGCGUUCCAUUUCUACCGGGCGAGAGUGAUCUAGAUCAGUUGACACGAAUUUUUCAAGUACUUGGCACACCGAACGAAACAAACUGGCCCGAUGUGAAGUCGCUACCGGACUAUGUGCAGUACAAAUUCUAUCCACCCAUUCCAUUGCGCGACAUUUUUACGGCGGCAUCGGAAGAUUUAAUUGAACUGGCGAACAAAAUGCUUGCCCUGUACCCGUUGCACAGAUGUUCCUGCACAGAGGCGUUGAAGAUGGCUUACUUUUCGAAUAAACCUGCGCCAACGAUCGGACCUCGGUUGCCGAUGCCGGCAAGCUAUAAUGCGGCCAGCAGACAGGAGGAAAAGCCAUCGUUAAAGCGAAAGAUUUUGGACAGUAUUGAUGGGGGAACUGUUCCGAAGCGUUUGCAGUUCUGAUCGAUGCAGGAAGCACAAACGUUGGGCAAUAUCUUAAUAAAUUUGUGCAAAU